CAAUCACAAUAUAUAACUCGAAAGUGUGAUAUAUUCGCAACUGACUUUCUUUCCGGCAACAAUGGCUGCAGUCGCCGGCGAGGGUUCUUCAGUUCCGUUGAAGGAAGACAAACCGGUCAUUGUUAGGGUUAAGAGAAAAGCAUUCCAGUCUCGCCUUGACGCUUUCUGGCUAGAAAUCAAUGAGAGGCCACUCAAACGACCAUUGCUUGACUUUGCUAAGCUUUCAAUUGAUGAGUCUUCGAGUAAAGUAGAUGAAUUGAAGAGCAGAAAGGUACUUGUGCGACAUGUGGAGACAGUAACUAGCUCAGAGGUCACUGUUGAUAUCCUGAAGUCUUUUGUGCAGUCGGAUCCAGCAGAUUUGUCAGAAGUCAAAGAGAAAUCUGAGAUAAGGCGAAGUUUUAGGACAGAAAAGAAACAAGCUGAACUACUUGCCAAGGCUAAGCAAAAGCAAGAGGAUUUGUCAAAAAGUGCCCGAUUUGAGCAAAUAUGGAAAAGCAGAAAACAAAAGAGAGAACUAAGGCACGACGAAGAGCUGAGUGAGAUGUGUCAACUAUAUGAUGUUAUUCGUGUUGAUACUGAAGAAAAAAGCCAUGAAGUGCAAGAGGAGACUACUGAGCUCGAAGAUCACAAGAUGAUGUCCCAAUAUUUGCCUCUUUUACGAGAAGUCAUGCCAAGUGCUGCUGAAGAAAUUGAGUCAGAAAUUCAUAAUUACAUGUCAAACCAAGCAUUUUCAGAUGGUUAUGUUUAUGAUUAUUAUGCUGUUAAGAACAAUACCAACACUGACGAGGAUAUUGCUAGCCCUUUCCCAUUGGUACAGGUUGAUGAGGAUGAUGACUACUAUGAUGGUCCUGAUCAUUCAGACUACGAAUCGGAUGAUUCCAAUGCUGAACAUAAUCCCUGGAAUGAUUAUCCUGAUGAAGAGGAAUCUGAAGAUGAGGAUGAAGAUGGAACCCAGUCAUCAAGUGACGAGUCAGAAGUUUUAAGCAGCACUUCUCAGGAACAAUAUGGAUCUGAAACUGUUGGUGUAAUUUCUUUUCAAAAUGAGGAUGUGUGCCGCGAGGACUGGUCAGAUUAUGCAGAUCCAAUCCUGGACGGUGGUAUAGAUGGUGAGUCCGAUGGUGAAGCUUUCGGUGAUGAUUAUGAUGAUGAAGACAUGUGGUGACCAUCACUACAUGCCCUGUUUAAUUUCUCAUCAAGUACACCUAUUUCGUGCAUAACUGUGUAUGUCUCUUCAGAUUAUAGUUACCUUCCGUUGUGAAUGCCAUCUAGUUAUAUUUUUUGAACUGGCUAUUUCUGCUAUCUAGGUUGCCAGCUGAUCAAAUUUAGUGUGAUUGGGCAAAAAUAUUCCCCUAACUUGCUAAAACAAA